CGCGCCACGCCGCUUGUCACACUCGCACACAAGAUCGGUCACUCUCCUUCCGCUUCGCAGAUACAAACACCAACUGGAGAGCACAGAGCGCCAGUAGCUACUCUCGCCGGAGCAUGGGGUGUUUACGGCGGUGGCUGCCGUCCUGCUGCUGCUUUGACCGCGGCGACGGUGGUGGUCGGUCCGGGAGCGUCGCCGACGACGGGCUGCUGUGGGACGUCGCCCUCAAGGCGCACGCCUCCGGCGACUACUCCGUCGCCGUCGCCCAGGCCAACGAGGCGCUCGAGGACCAGGCGCAGGUGCUCGUCUCCCCCGCCUCCACGCUCGUCGGCGUCUACGACGGCCACGGCGGCCCCGACGCCGCCCGCUUCGUCAACGCACGCCUCUUCUCCCUCAUCCAAGAGUUCGCGUCCGAGAACGGCGGCCUGUCGGCGGAGGUGAUCAGGCAGGCGUUCGGGGCGACGGAGGACGAGUUCAUGGACAUGGUGGCCAAGUCCUGGCCGACGCAGCCGCGGCUGGUGUCCGUGGGCUCCUGCUGCCUGGUGGGCGCCAUCGAGGACGGCACGCUCUACGUGGCCAACCUGGGCGACUCGCGCGCGGUGCUGGGCCGCCGCGCCGCGCCCGGCGACAGGGGGAAACGAAGGACCGUGGCGGAGCGGCUCUCGCGGGACCACAACGUGUCCGACGAGGCCGUCAGGCGGGAGGUGGUGGAGGCGCACCCGGACGACCCGCACAUCGUCACCAGCGCGCACGGCGUGUGGCGGAUCAAGGGCAUCAUCACCGUGUCCCGCUCCAUCGGGGACGCCUACCUCAAGCGGCCCGACAUGUGCAGCCCGGCGCUGAUGCAGACCAUCUGCCCGUUCCCGAUGCGGCGGCCGGUCAUGAGCGCCGUGCCGUCGGUCAGGGCCCGCAAGCUCCGGCCCGGGGACCAGUUCCUCAUCUUCGCGUCCGACGGGCUGUGGGAGCAGCUCACCGACGAGGCGGCCGUGGACAUCGUGGCCCGCAGCCCGAGGAAGGGCGUGGCGAUGCGGCUGGUGCGCGCCGCGCAGCUGGAGGCCGCCAGGAAGAAGGACAUGAAGUACGAGAGCAUCGCCGCCAUCGAGAAGGGACGCAGGAGGCGCUUCCACGACGACAUCACCGUCGUCGUGCUCUUCCUCGACAACAGGCCCUCGUGCGCGCCCGCGCAGUCCAGCGGUGUAGCCGCAGAUGAGAUCGACGGCACCUACGCCCCCGUCGACGUCUUCUCGCUCAGCUCCGACGACCAGACGGACGACCCGACCAGACCCGUGCUGCGGUGAUCGGUUCACCCAUCGUUCGGCCGGUCUGCGUCUUCGUCGUCGAUACUUACUGAACGGACACGUUCUACUACAAGUACUACAGCGUUCUUUUCAGUGAGUUCUGCCCUGUAAAAGGAAGUUACGGGAGCAUGCGUUCUUUGGUUUCUUGAGAUCAAUAGCUGCAUCAAAUUAAGAGUAGAAUUAUAUGUAAUUACUACUAGUUGUGAAGAGUACAAUGUCAUGUCGUGUUCGUGCGCACAGAAUUAAACGUGGCACUCUUUGCUUAA